AUGGGUCGCGCGGAGAAGGCUAAAUGCGAAGGUGAAGGACGACUCUUGCGUGAGGGGUACCUAAGGUAUUCAACGGCCAUGGUCAUCUUUGGGCCCUGGCAAAGUUGUCCGUUACGGGUUGGGUUUGAGGUAAGGAUUUUUGGUUGUGUUGGGGAUGAGGCAUGUUCGAGGGAGAGGGAUCGCUGGCAUCUUGAGCAGCGAACAAUAUCGAAGGUGGACACAACAGUCUUCGAAGACUCGGAGGAGGAGCGGGGAGUCAGUCCUGUGCUGGAGGCAUUGGAGGAAGACUCCUGCAUUGAGGCGGAAGUCGAGCUCAUCCUGUACUGGGAAAUGCGGUUUGCGUCGCGAAGAGGUCGCUGGGUGAGCGCGGAUAUUUUGAGCGAGAUAGAGAUCGUACGAGAACUCGAGAGAAUCGAAGAGAGUAGAGUGGGAGAGUUAAGAACGGGCAGAUGA